UGUUGACCGUAUGUAAAUACGCUACACGAAUCGGAUCCGAAAACUUCAUGCAACUCGCGCGCGGCGACACUUUGGAGACAGCAAGCUGCGGCUGGCAACUAACCACCCUGUCGUGAGCCCCAGACCAUGAAUGAUCCGGAACACAGCCAAGGGACAGGACGGUUGGGACAAGCCACCGGCAGCAGCCAAGCCCGGCCCCGAAGGCCCGCAAGGCAUGGCUGCUGUAGCGACACCUAGAGGACGGCCCAGCAACGAGGAGCUGCUGCGCAAACCGCCCCAGGAGAUCCUCCGCUGGCUCCAGAAAGUCGAAGCGGAGAACUUGAAGCUCAUGUACGAUCAUGGCGCGAUGAUGCAAGAUGUCAACCGCCGCAUGCAGGUACACCUGAUGGAGAUCCGGCAGCUGCGUGAGGUGAACGAGCGGCUGCAACGCGACAGCCAGGAACUGCGCGACCUCUGCUGCUUUCUGGAUGACGACCGGCAGAAAGGGCGAAAGCUGGCGCGCGAGUGGCAGCGCUUUGGCCGCUACACGGCGUCCGUCAUGCGCCAGGAAGUGUCUGCCUACCAGGGGAAGCUGCGGGGCCUCGAUGCACGGCAGCAGGACCUAAUCCGCGACAACAUCCAGCUCAAGGAACUCUGCCUCUACCUGGAUCAAGAGCGGUCGCAGACGCUCUGCACGAACUGCGGCGGUGUUCUGCCCGAGGGCCGACGCGACGACGGCGAUGGCAGCUCGUCUUCGACCAUUACCACCCAGGACGAGGUUCCCUCCCCCUUGCCCUGUUCGCCUCCUCCGCCGCGGCCCUCGCCUUCGUUGCCUCCUGUGCCAUCCGGCAGCAUACCGAACGGCACGACUAACGGCCAUGUCCGACCGCCCUCCAUCGUCCAAAACGGGAGCCGGCUUCCCAGCCGGAGUCAGCCACCCAUGCGAACGCCUGCCAUCAAAGAGGCAAUCCACCGGCACAGAAGCGUCAUAAAUGAACAAGUUUUGCGGUAUAUCCGGAAUUUGGAGAAGCGCAUAGAGAUUCUGGAAGCUGAAAAGGGCAUCGUCAAAAAUUCUCCCCACGAAGAAGUUCCACACAAGCCACCUCAGCAGCAGCCGUCUCCAGGAGGGCCCGAGAAAAAAUUUCUAAGUGGAAUUCCACGCGCACCUCACUACCGGAAACCCGACGACACCGGUCACAUUGUGCCGCCGCCAACAUCGCAAGGCACCGGCAAAAAUACCCCGGACAGCACGGAACCGUAUGUGGGCGUGGCGAGGCCAGAGGCAGUCGUACAUGCCAUGAAGGUCCUCGAGGUUCACGAGCAGCUGGACAAGGCUACGGACAGUGAACUGGAGUUCGAAGAGCUUGCUGAAGGAGAGAAGGCACUUGUGCGCGAAAUGUGCAACGUGGUGUGGCGGAAACUCGAAGACGGGCCAGCAUGAUGCGACUGUGCCAAUAUCGUCAAUGGUGCUAUCGUCGGCGUUGCAAAGGCAACAAGGGAACUUCGCAUCCUGUAUCGACGAGUUUCAAAUCAACACCGUCCAAGCUGCAAGUUAUAGCAGAAAAUUAGGUCAGCACCAUUGUAUACACCCAGCAGCUUCCCCUCAAUACGAUGUGCUGUCUAUCUUUUACUGUUAUCAAUU